AUGCAUGAACAUCUGAUGGUUGACUAUGCAAAAAACUUCGGACUUCCUGUUGCUGAGUCAUCAAGAGCUGCAAUUGGUGGAUUGACAUUAGAACAGCAACAACACCUAUGGCAUCAGCCACUUACGCUACAAAACGUUGGUCAUGUGAGAAGUUAUUUUAACCAGAAUAAAGACAAUAUGAUACUGAAUGAUGUACAUGUUAUGUGUGAAGAAAUGUCAAUCUACAAAGCACGUGGUGGAAGUUCUUUAGUUGAAUGCAGUGUUGAUGGGAUGAGCCGCAAUCCUAUAGCCAUGAAGAAAAUAAGUGAAAUUACAGGGGUUAACGUUGUCAUGGGAACCGGAUACUAUCUUGCAAGGGUUCAUCCACCAGAUAUGGACCACCAAACUGUGGAAUUAAUUUCAGAUAAGUUAAUUUCUGAAGUUUAUGAGGGAGUUGAUGGUGGUAUAUGUGCUGGAAUCAUUGGAGAAUUGGGUUGUUCUACCAAUCUGGCAGAAAAUGAAAUUAAAGUAUUAAAAGCAGCUGCAAUAGCACAACGAGAAACUGGGUUACCUAUAUCCAUUCAUCCAGGAUAUUCAACUGAAUCUCCAUUCCAAAUAGUGGACAUUCUCAAAUCAGAAGGUGCAGAUCUGAGUCGAGUUAUCAUUGGUCACAUUGACAGAGGAGUCAUCUCCAUACAAGCGAUGAUUGAGUUGGCAAAAAAAGGAUGCAUAUUAGAGUUUGAUCAGUUUGGUUGGGGUUGUUCCAUGGUGCAUGCACUGUCACAUGGUUUGGAUUAUCCAAGCGAUUUUACUCGGUGUCACAUGAUCCGUGAAUUAAGGGAUUAUGGGUUUCUAAAACAGGUUGUUAUGUCUCAUGACAUUGCAUUCAAGACACGUCUUGUUAAAUAUGGAGGGGAGGGGUAUGAAUACCUGUUGAAGAAUAUUGUACCAUUUAUGCUGAAACGAGGACUGACACAGGAUGAUGUUAAUACAAUGAUGAUUGAAAAUCCAAAAAGACUUCUAACUGUGCAGUAA